ACAACUAAAAUUUCAUUCUUGUGGUUGACGACUUGACGAAUCAAGGAUUCAAGGUACGGGGAAAAGAACAUUGAGCGUUUAUUGCCUAAGCUGCUUCUUAAAUUAACGAUAGCACAAGUGUCUUCGACAUGUUAAAUGAAGAACACUAUUCUUCUGAUUCCAGUGACGAGGACUACAUUCCAACUGGUGCUGAGAGUGAUGUUGAAGAAUUAACAGAUGAACCUGAGCAUAGUUCCAGUAGUGAUGGGGAUCAAGUGGCAGACCAAGGAUCUGCUGCAAAGAAAAAAAAAAAUUCUUCAAGAAAUAAAUUUAAAACCAAGAUAAGAGAUUCUGCCGUGCAAGAUAAACAAGACAGAGUAAAAACUACUUAUGCUGCUGAAGAUAACAAAGAAAGAUUGGAUAGUCUUUGGGCUUCUUUUAAGGAUGUGUCUGAAUUAAAAGAAGCAAAGGAAAUAGUGACACCUGCUAUUUCAUCACCUGCAACCUCUAAAAUCUAUGAAUUUGCUGGAGAAAAAAUUGAAAUUCCAGAGAAUGAUCAGAAGAUUGCAUCCCUAAGUUCACAGCAAAUUAAAGGAAAAAGGCCUGCUUUGAGAGCAGGUGGUCUUUCUAGCUUGACCAGUCAGUUAUCCAAUAAAAAAUCUAAGCUCAGCACCUUGGAGAAAUCUAAACUUGAUUGGGACCAAUUCAAGAAUGAUGAAGGAAUUGCAGAAGAUCUGAAAUCAUUCAAUCAAGGAAAAAAAGGAUUUCUGGAAAGGCAAGCUUUUCUGGAACGAGCUGACGUCAAACAGUUUGAGAUCGAAAAAAGUUUACGUGCUGGGCGAAAAUCCAAUUCAUAACAACCAUUGUCUCUACCAUGUCUUGCAGAUUCCCAACGAUUCAAAUACAAUUCAUUAAUCAAA